AUGUCUUAUUUCCAUUUCAACCACACUCGCUUCCGAGAGCGCACUCCUGACUACGAGCCUUCCUGCUCUCGUGCUCAGAUGCCUCGCGAGUCCAACGAACGCCGUCGUGAUAUCACACUAUCCGACAUCGAUGACGAUGGCCACGAUGACUACCCCUACUCUACCAAGCACAAAGCCGCUAAGCUGUCCCGUGCUCUGACGGUCCGCGAUGAGCCCUCCCAACUGGAACGCUACAACGUCUGGCCCGACAACAGACGCAACGACAACGAUGAUGACAGGCGCCGCAGCCACGAGACCCGCCACACAUACAGAAACUCACCUGACCGCUUCGAGGACGAUGUGGACGACCACGGAGUCCGUCUCAGCCUCAAGGCUACCAUCGAGCGAUCACGUCCAUCCCAUCAUCACCACCACCGCUCCCUCACUCGCGACUUCGAUACUCACCUCUGGCCCAGCGAUGUUUUCCGUCGCAAGGACAGGUUGGUCGACGAGGCAUGGGAAUCCAGUGAGCGCUCUACAUCUAGGGAGCGAAGCUUGACCGGGAGGGAUAGCUGGGGAGAGUAUGAGGAGAAGGCGAAGGACUUCGAAGAUGAGAAGUGGAGCAGGUACCGCAAGACGACCGUGUUGAAGACGGAGGAGUACAAGCCGCUGCGACGUAGGAGAAUCAUCAGGGACAUUUGAGGUUGGGUGGAGCUAAGGGCGAUGGUGUGGGAAGGCUUGAUACCAAGUGUUGGACUUGAUUCCACGCGCCGCUUCUUCCGUUUGGUCUAGGUAUAGUUCGUGUUGUGUUUUGGAUUCUUGGUGCUUUUGUUGCCCUGUUUGUAUUUUGUGAUUUUGCCUCCAUCACUCGUUUUUUUAUACCCAGAAUGUCAGGUGGAUCUAUGAUAGACUGUACUAGGUAGCUUGCAAUAACAUACUUCUCAUUUUA